AUGAAGACGCAUCUGUCGCAUGUCCCCGUGAACCGCCCUGAGGUUACGCCCAAGGAGCGGCUUAUGGCCCGAUUUAUCGCCCAGCUGAGGAGGCGGUUGGCGGAGUCCACAACCCUGGAUGAGUUCCGGGCGUGGGUGGGCGAGCAUGCUGAGGCGCUGGAGGCCUCGGUGUUGGAGGCGAGGCCGCGCCAGCGUGUGGAUACGUUCCAGGAUAUUUUUGCCACCCCAACCACGCCGGGGUCGAUUUCCGAGAACGGAGACGAAGGCAUUGAGAGUGCGACGUACUGGGGCUAUGGGGAGCAGGGCAACACGUUCGCCUCAUACCCCUCGUUGACAGAGUUGGUCUGCGUGGAUAGCCCAAGCAGCAAUGCGAAAACAUACAAAAAUUCCUCACGAAUGACAGUCGCCUCCGAAUUCACUCCAGUAGCCUCACUGAAGCGUGAAAAAAGUCUGUUGAUGCACUCAGCCGGAAGUAUCAAUUAUUGCGAAGAUACCAAGACUGACAAGGAUGUCACAUCGGUUCUGCAACUCUCAUCGCUAUGGGCGCCCAGUGUGUUCCAGCGUGGUGCUUCAAAGCUGCCGGGCCGUGGCAAACAAGGCCGUGAUUGCGAAACAAAUCCGCUGGAGUCCGGCGACAGCUGUGGCAGCAUCAACCAGUCGUUCUCACUGCUGGCGGAAAGCAUCUAUAGCUCAGCGGGUAUGACCCAUCGCCCAGGAGCACCACCACUUCCGAAAGACAUGUCUAUCCUUGAUUUGAGCAAUCAAGGUGAACUUGGUGAGGGAAUGCCGGCGUUUUCGCUUGAUGGGCGAUUUCCAAAUCAAGGGCCAAUUUUUUCCCGUUCUAAUUCGCGGCAUUCUCCUGUGCUACGUCCUGUUGCGCAGGUGCGGGAGGCGCUUCGUACCCUUGGCGUCCCAUUUCUAGAGAAUGUGGAAUCCUCGAAUGUGGACGUCCUUCAAUAUGAGGAAAUUUACGGUGUUAACGCCUACGUGUACACAUGUCUUAAUAUUCUCCUCCGGUACAACUUUUCAGUGCAAUUGGGCUUUCAUCUGGGACGUCUUCUUUGCUACUACAACACUGCCGCCAAGUACAUUUUUUGGAGGAAUCCAUUUCAUAGUAUAUGCCAUGCGACAGAUAUUGUUUUAGCGGCCCAUCAGUUUUUACAGCAGCCCUAUGUGGCGGAGAAUUUCAGUGACGAGGAACUGUUUAGCUUUCUCUUUGCCUCAACCGUGAUGAAGCUUGGUCACGUGGGGAUGAGCAACGCAUUUUUGAUUAGCAUCCACCACCCGUAUGCUGCCUUUCACGGAUUUCUCUCUCCGCAGCAGAGCAUCAGUAUUGCGUUGGGGUUUGCCUUAUUAGAUGCCCCGGAGUGCCAUUUUCCAACCUUCGCCGCUGCACAGGAGGGAACAGACAAUUAUAUGCCGUCGCUGUGGACGCCUGCCAAGGAGAUAGAGUUUCAGGAAAUGACAUCUCGACUCAUUAUUCCCACGGAUGAACGGGAUCACCAGAUGCUGCUUACUCAAUUACAACAAGUCCUGCAGGAGGGCGCAGGGAAUGUUGUGCGUGAGAGUCACUUGAUGAUUAUUUUGCAGAAUGUUUUGCAUGCCGCUGACUUUUGUUAUGUGUUUCGUUCCCCGCCUGUGUACCGAGCUACCGCCGCCCGUGCAGUGGCAGAGAUUUACCAACAAGAGCAAACCCGCCUUUGGUUUCAGGGGAAUGGAGUAAUACGUUGGCCCUGGCACGAAGUCAACUUCGGCACUGGUGAGGAAGGCUUGACCCCACAAACAAACAACAAUACAUUGGAGGGAAGCCCGAUUUCUAUUGAGGACACCUUAAUAUUUAAAAACGAUUCUCAUCAGAUGAAGGCGCCACUGAGUUCCUUUGAUGUGCCCGGCGGCAUCACCUUCAGUGAUGCGUCCAUAAAGUCUUCGGCAGGCUCUUUCUGUGGGGUGUCGGGCUUUUCUUCACUCUAUCAUGCGAAGGUGUUGCAGCUGACGGUGCUGGAGGCGGUGUUUUUGCCGUUCAUAUUUACUCUUUCGCCAUUUGUGCCGGACUACUGGUUGACAAAUGCGCAGAGUAACUUGGUGUGGCUCGACGACUUCCAUCCUGACGUCUUCGAGGCCGAUGUGAUGAGGGUACUACGCAAUCCUGAGUUUGGGGGACCUCGGUUGCGGUCAGCGGGCCCCUGCGGGUUUGAGCGUCGGGUGGUGCGACGCAUUCUGGACCCACUCUUUCGUCAUCGCAAAGAGGAAUUGAAGAAGUGGACGGGGAGCUGA